AUGAUGUCAGGAACAAAAGUUACAGAUGGAAAUGGAAAAAUGCUUGUUGUUGCAGUAGGACCAAAUUCAUUAUGGGGAAAAACAAUGGAAUCAAUUAAUCAAAAUAAAAAUACACCAACACCAUUACAAGAAAAUUUAGAUGAACUUGCAAUUAAAAUAGGAUAUUUAGGAAUAGGAUGUGGAAUAAUAGUAUUUAUUAUUUUAAGUAUUUAUUAUAUAAUAUCACAAAUUACACAUAAAGAUGUAUUAAAAGCAGAUGAAAAGAAUGGAAUUAUUGAGGGAUGUCUUGAAUGUAAUGUUACUAGAGAAAAUCCAAAAUGGGAAGAAUAUUGUGAAAAAUAUUCAUUUGAUUGGAGUUCAUUAACAGGAAUUAUUGAUUAUUUUAUUAUUGGAAUUACUAUUAUUGUUGUUGCAGUUCCAGAAGGACUUCCACUUGCAGUUACUAUUUCAUUAGCAUAUUCAAUGAAACAAAUGUUUAAAGAUAAUAAUUUAGUAAGACAUUUAAAAGCAUGUGAAACAAUGUCAAAUUGUACUAAUAUUUGUUCAGAUAAAACAGGUACAUUAACAGAAAAUAGAAUGACAGUUGUAAAUGGAUGGUUUGGAGGAAUUAAAAUGGAAACAAGAGAUCAAAGAAUUGAAAUUACUAAAGAAUAUGAAGAAAUAAUUAAUAUGAAUAUUUCAAUUAAUAGUUCACCAUCUACAUCAUUAAUUGAAGAAAAAGGAGAAAUUAAUGUUAUUGGAAAUAAAACAGAAGGAGCAUUAUUAAUGUAUAUAAAAGAAAGAGGAGUUGAUUAUUUAGAAAUUAGAAAAAGAAAUGAAAAUAAUAUUUAUCAAAUGUUUGGAUUUUCAAGUACUAAAAAGAGAAUGAAUACACUUGUUUGGAUAGACAAACCAAAUACUAUUAGAAUGUUUACAAAAGGAGCACCAGAAAUGAUUUUAGAAAAAUGUAAAUAUUAUAUGAAUGAAAAAGGAGAAAUUAAAGAAUUAACAGAAGAAAUUAGACAAGAACUUGAAGAAUGUCAAAUAAAAUGGGCAUCUAAAGGAUAUAGAACAUUAUCAUUAUCAUAUAAAGACAUGGCACCAGCUAAUCCUAAUAAUUUAGAAGAAAAAUAUGAAAGUGCUAAUGAAGAAGGAUCUAUUUUAUUAAGUUUAUUUGGAAUUGAAGAUCCAGUAAGAAGAGAAGUUCCAAGAGCUGUUACUAUAUGUCAAAGAGCAGGAAUUAUUGUUAGAAUGGUAACAGGAGAUAAUAUAGCAACAGCAAGAUCAAUUGCACAACAGUGUAAUAUUAUUUCAAGAGAAAAUGAUAUUGCAAUAGAAGGACCUAAAUUUGCAGAAUUAACAGAUUCAGAAAUUAUUGAAAAAUUAGAAAAUCUUAGAGUUAUUGCAAGAUGUUCACCACAAGAUAAAGAAAGACUUGUUAAAUUACUUAUUAAUCAAGGAGAAGUUGUUGCAGUUACAGGAGAUGGAACAAAUGAUGUACCAGCACUUAAAGCAGCAGAUGUAGGACUUGCUAUGGGAAUUAGAGGAACUGAUGUAGCUAAACAAGCAUCAGAUAUUGUUAUUUUAGAUGAUAAUUUUCAAUCAAUUGUUAAUUCAAUAAAAUGGGGAAGAUGUGUUUAUGAUAAUAUUAGAAAAUUCCUUCAAUUCCAAUUAACUGUUAAUAUUUCAGCACUUUCACUUUGUGUUAUUGGUUCUAUAUUUAUUGGUGAAUCACCAUUAAAUGCACUUCAAAUGUUAUGGGUUAAUUUAAUUAUGGAUACUAUGGCAGCUUUAGCACUUGGAACAGAAAAACCAACAGAUUCAUUAUUAAAUAGAAAACCAUUUGGUAGAUUUAAUUCACUUAUUUCAAAUAUUAUGAUAAGAAAUAUUAUUAUUCAAACUAUUUAUCAAUUAAUUAUUAUGUUAUCAAUUGUUUUUGUUGGAAAAUAUAUUCCAUUCCUUAAUUCGCCUUGUGGUUUUGUUAAAAUUGUUGGUCAUUCUGGUGGUGAAGAUUUUAGUAAAUAUUGUGUUGGUGAUAAUAUUGGUUUUAAGAGUAUUAAUGAUGUUAAAAAUGAUACUAUUAAACUUCAAACUUUAAUAUUUAAUAUUUUUGUUUUUUGUCAAGUCUUUAAUGAAUUUAAUUCAAGAAAAGUAAAUGGUGAACAUAAUGUCUUUUCUAAUCUCUUUACAAACUUUAUUUUCUUAUCAAUUAUUGCUAUUACUAUUAUUGUUCAAUUUAUUAUUGUUCAAUUCCUUGGUAUUUUAUUUGAUGGUAUUCCUUUUAUUCCUUUACAAGGUCAAUAUGGACUUUCAUGGCAAGCUUGGUUAUUAUCUCUUCUUCUUUCUUUUAUAACUUUAAUCAUUGGUCAAAUUUCUUUCUUUAUUCCUGUACCUACAUCUAAACCAAAGAAAUUUAAAAAUAAACCAUCAUUCCUUACAAAAAUCCUUUGUUGUGGAUUUUGUGAUAAGAAAGAUAUUGUGACUUCAUCAUCUGAAAGUUCUGAUGAUGAUGAUGAUUUAGAAAAGAAAUCUCUUCUUAGUAAUUAA